AAGAAGAGUUGCAAAGCAAUGAUGUCAUAGUUUUAAGUAGGAGCCAUGGGAGAGCAUAUGGUUCGUACCCGCCACCGAAAGGAAGUGUUGCUUUGUUAUGAGCAGGCGGCGCUGUAGCUGGCGGAAGAGGAGGUCGCCCAGCCCAGUGUCUCUUCGACUGGAAUAGAGAACCCGAGGAGAAGACGCGAAAACGGUGAGAAGACAAAGCUGCUACAAUGGCCGCGAAAUCCGACGGGGUGCUAAAGAUGAAGAAGAGCGAUGUAGCAUUUACGCCUUUGCAGAAUUCGGAUCACUCGGGAUCGGUUCAAGGGCUAGCUCCGGGAUCGCAGCCGGAUUCUGGAACCGGAGAGGCGGACUUCGUCAACGGGGAGUCGCGGUGCUGUGGCUCAAAUUCGACCUGUCUCCGCCUCGACAGGGAGCAGCAGAAAUACAUGGUCUGGGACUGUCUGUGGAUCCUCGCCGCAGUGACGGUGUAUUUCGCGGAUGUGGGCACUGAUAUUUGGCUCUCGGUCGACUAUUACCUCCGCCGCGACUACUGGUGGUUCGGGCUUACGCUGUUUUUUGUGGUGCUCGGCUCGUUCUCCGUGCAGGUCUUCAGUUUCCGUUGGUUCGUCCAUGAUUUCAGCACCGAGGAGAGCUCCGGCGGCGGUGGCGACGGCAGCGCGGCGAACUGCUCCCACAUGGACGGGAAGCUGCUCAGCUGCUCCGCUUCGCACGGAGACGUUGGAGCCAACCCGACUACGCCUCAAAGACAGGCGUCCACAGCGAGCAAGAGCAACACCACAAGUAACAGCAGCAACAGCGCUACCGCAGCCCGGACUAGUAAGACACGCUCAGCGUCCUGUUCCCUCUGUAUCUGGAUAUUGCAGUCCGUCAUUCACAUCUUACAGCUCGGACAAAUCUGGAGGUGA